AUGACUAGUCUCUCCGGACAAAGUGGAGCUCCUUCGAAGCUCAAGCUUUCGUGGGCUCACCUUCUGCCACCGGCGUGGGAGAAAAGGGUGCAAGAUUGGCUCGAGGAGGAUUGUCCGAGCUUUGAUUGGGGCGGCUAUGUGGUCGGGGAAGAUGUCAAGCAGGCGAAAUUGUGGUGCAAAAGCCGAGGCGUGCUGGCUGGAGUGCCCUUCUUCGAUGAGGUAUUCAAGAGGCUGGAUUGUCAGUGCGUAUACAAAGUCCCGAUCUCGAGGCUCGGUGCCGUACUUGCCGAUGGUUCUCAUCAGAGUGUUGCAUGCUUGAUCUUCCCACCUCAGAGUCGAGUGGAACUUUGAGGAGGGGCAAUUACUGGCCGAAGGAGGGAGCCCAAAGGUUCACGUGGCCACAGUCAAGGGCCCAGCACGGAAGAUUCUCUUGGGAGAGAGGGUCGCGCUGAAUACGUUGGCGAGAUGUAGCGGUGUGGCCACUGCGUGAGUGAAUGCGUCAGGUGCGCCCGAGCCAAGGUGGAGUGUGCACGUAAGUCUGACUGUCCACGUCUCGCUUAGCUCUCAAGACUUCUUGUCCACAGCUCGGGCAGCCGGCUACAAGGGCAUUGUAGCCGGUACUAGGAAGACAACACCAGGUGGGUACCGGCGCACGACGCCACGCGGAGCCGAGCCGCUCAUCAAGACUGACCCUCUUCACGACGCAGGCUUCCGGAUUGUGGAAAAGUAUGGGAUGCUUGUUGGAGGCGUCGACGCUCAUCGAUACGAUUUGAGCUCGAUGGUCAUGCUGAAGGACAAUCAUAUCUGGAGCACAGGUCAGUUCGAUACCACGCGGCGAUGGAUGGAGUAUUCCUCCCAAGUUUUGCGCUCCACUGACGCCUGUCCAAUUGUUUGGCGCAACCAGGCUCGAUCCCUGCCGCAGUAAGCGCUGCUCGAUCGGCAUGUGGCUUUUCGAUGCGUAUAGAUGUAGAAGUGCAGUCUUUGAAAGAAGCGCAGCAGGCUAUCGAAGCUGGUGCUGAUGUGGUCAUGCUAGACAACAUGGUUGGCCAGGAACUAGUCAACAACGCAAAGUCUUUGAAGGAACAAUUCGCUCAGAAGCACAGAUUUUUGAUUGAGAGCAGCGGAGGUAUCGAUGUGCGAAACAUUGGAAGCGGACAGCACGUGGACGAUUGUGAGUCGUGAGCGCAGCUCUACGGUCUCCGUGUCGGCGGUCGCCUGACUCGGUCACUCUCGUUGUCUGCAUUUUGCACCCUUAGCUAUCGACAUCAUCAGCACGUCUUCGAUUCAUCAAAGCACGAAGCACGUCGACUUCUCCCUCAAGCUGCUUCCGGCACCAGCAGAAGCCUCCUCGACUGGUGUCUAG